UGUGCUCCGCGGUAGGACACCUCUGGAAACCGCAUCCGCAGCCACUUAGUUCCGCCGACCCUUUAUGUGCAUCCGGCCUUCCCCUACCCUGUGAAGUUGUAGUGGCCCGGUGGGAGAGAUCCCUCUGGGAGUGCGUUGUCCUCGCAACGAACCUGAACCUAACGUGAUCUCGAAAGCCCAGGACUCCGGCGAUCCCACUCACCUGCAUCAUGGCAGUCCCAGGUUGCAACAAGGACAAUGUCCGAGCAGGCUGCAGAAAAUGUGGCUACCCUGGUCAUCUGACUUUCGAGUGCCGAAAUUUUCUCCGGGUAGAUCCCAAAAGGGACAUUGUGUUGGACGUCAGCAGCACAAGUAGUGAGGACAGUGAUGAAGAAAACGAGGAGCUGAACAAGCUGCAGGCUCUUCAGGAGAAAAGAAUAAAUGAAGAAGAGGAGAAGAAAAAGGAAAAAAGCAGGGAGAAAAUUAAAUUGAAAAAAAAGAGGAAAAGGUCUUACUCCAGCACCACUGAAGAGGACCUCACAAAACAAAAGAAACAGAAGUAUCAGAAAAAAGAAAAGAAAAAGGAAAAAAAGAGCAAAUCAAAAAGAGGAAAACAUCACAAAAAGGAAAAAAAGAAGAGAAGAAAGGAAAAGCGUUCUUCUCCUAACCGUUCUGAAGUCACCAAGAAGUAACAGAGUCUUGGGCCUAACUCAGGAAAUGGAAGAAUUCAGUGUUUGUAACUAUUGAACAUUCCUUGGAAUUGCUAUAUAACUACGCUUCGCAGAAAGUCCCAGCCUCUUUCAUAAAGACAUUUAUCACCUAUUGGGGCCCUUAUCGCUCUCCCCAUCUGAAUUAAAUCCAUCUCUUUACUUGACAGAUGUGCCUCAAUUAUAGAUAUGUGUACACACAAAGCACAUCAUUUUGGCUCUCUGUGUUUUGGUGUUUUAGGCCUGUGCUGUCUCUUGGUAAGUUCAUUAGCACGUGGCUUUACUGCAAUCAGAGGAGUAAUCUACAUUGCAGCUCCUGAGUCACAUCCGCCUUGCAGUGGUAAAGCUGCUUCGGUGGCAGUGACUUGCUCUUGAUACUGAAUAGCUUUAUGUACUCUGCAAUGUACAAAGAGAGUGAGGGUCUUCAUUGUUGUUUUUAAAUCUCUAGACUUUUUAAGUAACUUCAUUGAGGAUAAAACUGCUUUACUGAUCUUAAGUAGUAAGUUUUUAAAUGAAUGGGAUCUACAGGAAGAUAAUAAUCAAAGUAUUUAUAACAGUGCCAUUGAUUUAUGAAAUGCAUGUUUCUAGCACUGACCUCCAAUGUUUUUAUAACAAUUAGAACAUCCCUUAUUUUUAAACAAUCAUUUAGCUUACUAGGAAGUCUGGCAGGGAGAUUCUGUACUGGUCAAGAUUAUUAGGGUAGAUCCUUGGUUGAUUUACAAAUGUGCCAUAUUGGCAUGUCUUAGGUGAUACCUCAAACAGAGCUUUUUGUGUGGGAACAGCAAAAUCCUCAUUAAAACUGAUUUUUAUUAUGUCUAGUGUAUAUAGUGCUUGCAUAUUGCGUAUUAUGGCGGUUUUUAUGAAUGUUUGCAUAUAUAUUUAUUUUUUUCUGAAAUGGUUUUAGAGUGAGUUUCACACUGAAUUUCUGGCUUCAUGGUUAAUCAAUGCUGAUAUUUCCUCUUUCCCUUCAGUCACAAAUCUUAGUAGCACUGUGAAAAUUUUUAAAUUAAGAUUUUCAUUCUAUACUUUUUAAAAUUGAUAACUUGGAGGGUAGCAUCAUGAAGGCCUUUGUAUAAUAAUGAAAUUUGUAUAUAAAUAAGCAUUUCCAAUGACAUGUUAGUAGAUUUAAGUGUUUCUGACGUUUUUAAUUUCAUGGUUAUCAGUGUAGAGUAGUUUAACAUCUACUAUUCCCUAAUACCAACAAGUUAAUGUAUUAACAUAAAAGCAUUGAACACCAACCUGUUAUCAUCGAACAGCUCCAAAGUUUCUGAGUACCUUGCUCUGGUACACUUAAUACAUCUUCAGAUUGGUAAGUACACUUGUGGCUGUGGGCAAAUUUAUGGCCGUAGAAUCAGAUAUGUACACUUGACCUUGCAGGCCAGCGCUUUACUAACGCUUCCCUUACCCAGCCCCUGAACUGGCAUUCCCUGAUUGACUCAGGAGCAUUCCUUAGAAGUCCCUUAAUGUCCCCUCAUCUCUGCUCAGGUGGCACAGAAGCUAUCCCCACACCCUUCCCGACACUGCUCCCAUGAAGUACAAGUGUACUGCUCUUCCACUAACUGGUUACUCUCCUGGCCCAUAAAAAAGUAAUUUUGUUUAGAAUUUUGUCAGUUGUUUGAACUAAAGCACAGAACUUUGAGAUUUUUAAGGAUUUGUUUUGUCUAUGCUAAUUUUUGUGAAAGUUCAGUUAUCUGAACUAAUAAAAGGUUAUUUGGAUUAAUAAAAAUAAAUGUCAUUUUUAAAAUACUUUUUUUAAAAAUAGCAGGGAGCUGGAAAAGUUGCUCCAUGGUUAAAUGCUCUUGCUGCUCUUAGUUCAGUUCUCAGCAUCCUCACUGGGAGGUCCAUGAGUACCUGUGACCCUCAGUUAAAUGCUCUUGCUGCUCUUAGUUCAGUUCUCAGCAUCCUCACUGGGAGGUCCAUGAGCACCUGUGACCCUAUCCAGCUCCACCUGUGACCCUUACUUCAGCUCUGAGGGACCUGAUGCCUUCAUCUAACUUGUGUGGUACCCAUGGAGAUGUUCACAGAGAUACACACAUGCACAUAAAUUUAAGAUUUUCUAAAUUUUAAGCUUAACAAGAAAUAGCAAAUACUACAUAAAUGGCCUCAUCCUAUUGUGUGUGUAACAGUGUUAGCAAUGACAGUUGUAAAUGAAUAUUCAUCAUAUUUAUGUUUUACUCAGGAUAAUGGUAAGAAAAUACAAAUUGACAUGUAAGGGUUAUUUUUCCCUCCAAUUGUGACAAAGCCACAAAUGUCAUAUGCAGUCAGCUUCUCACUCAGUAAUCUGCUACAAAAAAUAAAAGAUUUUAAUAGACUAGUUAAUUAUUUCCCCCAGAAAUAAUCUUAACAUUAUUAAUAAAUGUCCCUAUAAUAUUAGUAUAUCUUAUGAAAUAUCUGAGUAAAGUCAUUUCACUAAAUUUAGAAGUUAUUGUUCUUGCUGUUCUUGUUGGAUUGAGAUGGAAAUAGGAAAAUUCAUGAAAUUUCUUUGUAGGCAAUAUGGAAGAAACAGAAAGAAAUCUUCAGUUAGUAGUAACUGUCCCAAAAUGAGCCUGAACCACCCUGCCCAUGCUCCAUCCGCUCUCACCUCUGUGCAGCCUUUAGCCAUACCCCCACAUUCUGUGGAGCCCCCAGCAGUCAUUAGCUUCUCGGGGCCUUGGUGACUCUUACCUAUGAAAUAUUAUACUGUGCUUUCUCAGAUCACCUGUAGCCCUUAAUGUAUCUGACUAUCAAUAAUAUUUCAAUGAAAUUCAAACAAUAUCCUUUUUAGCAGGUACCUUAGCUAGAGCCAGCAUUCUGUAAGGGUUGCAUUUAUUAUUAUAUCUGGUAAACAUAUCAACUUAAUAAAUGGUAUUCGAUUCAUUCUGUUACAGCCCAGUUGUAUGCCAUUUUCACCAAAUGCAGAGUUUACAUGUCUGUAAAUUUACAAGAUUUCUGACUGCAGCUACAUUAUCUGAGCAUGUUGAAGCUGCUUUUUUUUAAGCUGACAGGCCCACUCCUCAGGUUCCCCAUUGUUUUUCUCAGAUCUGUUGCCUACGAGCUCUCUGGUUGGAUUUUCUUAGUUCCUAAUGUUAAGUAUGUCUCUUCUUACCCAUUUAGUUCUUGGAGGCCAGGGCACCAACUGUGUGUGUCUGCAUUUACAACUCUGCCUACAGUUAUAAGAUUCUAGGGUUAUCCUCAGCCUUGAAGUAGGUGACAGAGUUCUUACUAGCAGCUGUAGACUGCCCAUCUGCUUCCCUGAAACACUCACAUUCCGGCUGGGGGGAGGACCACCAGAACUGCACCCAUGCAGACCGGGAAGGAAGGUUGGUAAAGAACUACAGAUGCCGCCCAACUAGUUGGCAGCAAUUAGAGGAGCUCCUGAAAGAACAAAACGCCUGAAUUGGCUCCCAGGGACUAAACCACCAACCAAAGAAUACACAUGGGUGGGACUCAUGGCUCCAGCUGCAUAUAUAGCAGAGGAUGGCCUAGUCAGUCGUCAAUGGGAGGAGAGACCCUUGGUCCUGUGAAGGUUCUAUGCCCCAGUGUAGGGGAAUGCCAGGGCCAGGAUGCGGGACACGGUGAGUUGUUGAGCAGCAGGAGGGGAUAGGGAACAGAGUUUUUUUGUUUGUUUGGUUUGGUUUGGUUUGGUGUUUGGGUUUCCCCUCCACCCUUUGGAGGGGAAACUGGGAGAGGAGAUAUCAUUUGAAAUGUAAAUAAAAUAUCUAAUAAAAAAAUCUGAAUUGGAUGUUUUUAGCGUUGAUGAGAGGAGACUGGGCACUUCUUGACUUGAGUGAGUGCUGGCAAGAAAGAGGGCAAGGAGCUGGAAAUGAACAGUGUGCCUGAAAGAAUGGAAGCUUGGUGUGGCUGUGUAAUUCAGAGUGUAAAAACUUAAGAGACACUGUUUCGGGUUCCUGCAGCCAAGGGAAGGAGGCCUUAGGCUCCAUGAUGCUCCGUGUUUGCAAGAUAGCAUUUUUUAAGCCAUGAGACAAUAAAAGAAUUUUAAGGAAGGAAAUGGCAUUUACUCGGGUUUGGUCUCAUCUGUUUUGUAAUCUUGUUCUACAGUGUUUAAAAGAUGAAAAUGCUAUCAUUAAUAGUCUACAUAGAAGAUAGUUUGAGCUUUUUAUGCUCUAUUGUUUAUAAAUUAUAUAAUAGCUUGUAUUUCCUAGAACCAAAAAUAAAAAAUUAAAAAU